AUGAGCGCAGAGGCGUUGACCGACUUCCUCGACGAGCAGCGCGAUGCGGCGCCGGCCGAGCUGCAGGGCGCCAUCCUCGAGAUCGAAAACCUGUGGGAGCGGAAGCUGUGGCACCAGCUGACCGAUGCGUUGCUGGUGGUGUUCAACGACGAGCAGAGCGAAGACCUGCGGCUGCCUUUUUUCAAGGUGUUUGUGCUCAAGUUCGCCGACAAGAUCAACCAGCUCAAGUUUGUCGACCUCGCAUUGAAGGCCGCCGAGUCAUGUAAGGACGACAACGAGCGGUUGGCCUUCCUCGAGUCCGUCACCAAGCGGGUCGACCACGAGGACUCGCAGGACGCCUUUGUGUUUGCCACCAUUGCCGUGGCGCGGGUCAAGCUGUCGCUGCGCGACUUUGACGGCGCCCGCAGCGACCUCGACAAGGCCGAGCGCGUGCUGGACACGUUUGACGCCGUCGAGAAUAUUGUGCACGCCGCCUUCUACGACACCAGCUCACUCUACUACCAGGCCAAGCUCGACUUUGCCCUCUACUACCGCAACGCCCUGCUCUACCUGGCCUGCGUCGACGUGGCCUCGCUCGACGCCGACGACCGCCACGACCGCGCCUACAAGCUGAGCUUGGCUGCCCUCGUGUCCUCCAGCAUCUACAACUUUGGCGAGCUGCUGCUGCACCCCAUUCUCGACGCCCUGACCACCGAGGACGAGGACGACGCCUGGCUGCGCGAGCUGCUUUUUGCUUACAACCGCGGCGACCUGCGCGCCUACGAGCGCCUGUCCGAGCACAUUGCCGGCAACUCCCUGCUGAACAAGCACAGCGGACAGCUGCGCCAGAAGAUUUACCUGGCCGCGCUGACCGAGGCCGUCUUCCGCCGCCCGCCGCACCAGCGCUCCAUGACGUUCGCCACCAUUGCGCAGGAGACCAACGUGCAGCCCGAUGAGAUUGAGCACCUGGUGAUGAAGGCGCUGAGCUUGGGCCUGCUGCGCGGCACCAUUGACCAGGUCGACGAGGUAGCGCACAUCAACUGGGUGCAGCCUAAGGUGCUGGAUAUGAAGCAGAUCGACAACAUGCGGCAGCGGUUAGGAGAAUGGGGUACCAGCGUCAACCAGCUCGGAAAUUGGAUCGAGCAGGUGGGCCAGGACGUCUGGGCGGCAUGA